AACAACAUGAAGAUUUUAUUUGUUUUGUUCCUUCUCUGUCGUGUUUCAUCUACAGUGAAACAUUCCCUGACAUAUGUCUUCACUGCAUCUUAUGGAGUUGCAGAGUUUCCAGAGUUUGUGGGUGUAGGGAUGCUUGAUGGAGUUCAGUUUGGACACUGUAACAGCAUAACCAAUGCAGCAGUUCCCACACUUGACUGGAUAAAAGAAUUCUUCAAAGACAAUCCACAACACCUGGAGAGGUAUUCUGCAGAGUGUCUGGACGAUCACUACUUUCUCAAAGCUCAUAUUGACAUCAUGAUGCAUCGCUUUAAUCACAGUGGAGGUGUGCACAUUCUACAGAGGAUGAGUGGCUGUGAGUGGGAUGAAGAGACUGGAGAGAUUGUUGGUUAUAUCCAGUACGGCUAUGACAGGGAAGACUUCUUGGCAUUGGACUUGAAGACACUGACGUGGGUUGCUCCAAACCCUAAGGCAUUUAUGACCAAACUCAGAUGGGAUGCUGAAAAGGCUAGAUUACAAACCAAUAAAGACUUCUUCAUGCACAUAUGCCCCAAAUGGCUGAAGAAGUAUUUACAGUAUGGAAGCAGCUCUCUGCAAAAAGUGCUUCCCUCAGUGUCUCUCCUCCAGAAGUCUCCCUCCUCUCCAAUCAGCUGCUUCGCCACAGGUUUCUACCCUGACAGAGCUGUGAUGUUCUGGAAGAAAGAUGGAAAGGAGCUUUAUGAGGGUGUGGACCAUGGAGAGAUCCUCCCAAACCAUGAUGACACCUUCCAGAUGAGUGUGGACUUGAACAUUUCAUCAGUGAAACCUGAAGACUGGAAGAGGUACGAGUGUGUGUUUCAGCUCUCUGGAGUGGAGGAGGACAUCGUCACCAGACUGGAAAAAUCAGAGAUCAGAAGCAACAAUGGCUCUACCUCUGGCUUUCCUGUUGCUCUUGUUGCUGGAGUUGCUUCAGGCCUGCUGCUCCUGUUUUUGUGCAUCGCUGGACUCUGGAAGUUGAGAAAGAACAACAGUGAUUUCCAGCCUGCCAACAUGCUGCGUGACAACCAGAGAUCAAACAUCAGCAUCCUGAAGAUCCUGAUCCUGCACUUUAGGUGUCUUCUGGCUAAAGUGCAUGAGCUGGAGCGCAGGAACAAGGUCCUGGAGAAGCAGCUGCAGCAGCCUCUGGAAGAGAACUGUGGAGGGGAGGGACACCAGAAGCCACAGACCAAAGAGAUGGGGGUCCAGACUGGAUUUAUUGGCCCGAUCCCACCUAGAUCUAGUCUCAUCUGGCUCCACAACGCCAACAACUCAGUCUACCCUCCUGGAGGCACCCCUACAUCCUAA